AUGUCAGAUAUAAGCAUCACUCUUGAUGCCCUCAUCAAGAUACAUUCACACUCAUUCAAGUACUGCACUCAUGCUGUCAAUGGAGUCUUGCUUGGAAAGGUUGCAAAGUCAUCUCUUACCAUCACAGAUGUCAUCCCAUUGUUCCAUUCAAUGACUCUUACGCCAAUGUUUGAAGUCGCCAUGAUACAGAUCGAAGAGUAUUGCAACAUCAAUCAAAUAGAUAUGAUUGGCUACUAUCAUGCCAACGAGAAUACACAUGAUAAAGAAAUGGAACCAAUCUCAAAGAAGGUUGCAGACAGGUUGUACAAUGAGUUGAGCUCAAUGUGCUUUAUAUCAAUUACAGAGAUCACUCAAGACAAUCAACUAGGACUGAUACCUAUUGGCAGAGCAACUGAUGGUCAAUGGGUAAAGAAUGAGGAUAAACAGCUCAAACUCACUGAUAGCGACGCAGGCACAACACCAAAGCAAGCGAUACAGGCCGUUGUCAAGGCUGGAAAAGAGAGACUGUUCAAUGAUUUCGAAGACUACCUCAACAAUCCAACACUUGACUGGUUGAAUAAA